AUGGGAAACUGCAUCGUUGGGUCCAUGGCAGAUUCUAAUACAACAAUCAGAGUAAUAACGUCGAACGGCGGAAUCAUGGAAUUCAGUGCUCCAAUCACAGUUCCUUUCAUCACCAACGAGUUCCCUGGCCAUGCCAUAUUCAGAAGCCAUGAUCUCUUUUGGAAACCACUCAGCCAAUUCGACGAGCUAGAACCGGGACAAUCAUACUAUUUGCUUCCAAUCAACAACAACAAUAUUGAGCCACCUCCAAAUGGUAGUAGCAGUGGAAGUGAUUAUGAACAUGUUGUAAGACAAGGACAUGUUAGAUCUCAUAGUGUUCCAACAACCUCGUACCCUGCUCCAUAUAGAAUGUCCUUAGAUUACCAACACAACCUAGGAAUGAGGUUUCUUAAGAAGUCUUCUGUAGAAUCUUUGUCUUGUAGAAACAGGUUUUGGAAAGUGAAGCUUGUGAUUAGUCCAGAAGAGUUGAUGGAAAUUUUGGCGCAAGAGGGUCGAACAAAAGAGUUGAUAGAAAGUGUAAGGAUUGUAGCAAAAUGUGGUGACAUUUCAUCUGCAGCUGAAGAUGUUGUUUCUGAUCAGUGGAGCCUUUCUAACACCAGUUGGAGCAUUUCUUCUAAGACAAAAUGA